CGCCACUGCUCAGCCUCUCCCUCCGGCCGCUCGUGUCUCAGCCGUCAUCGUCAGGAGCUGCUGAUUUUCCAUUUUUCCUCUUCUUCUCGCUUUUUACCCCCCUUAUCUAUCCCUCCAAUUUACCGUCUCUUGCUCUUCAAGUUUCUUUUCCCUGUUUCAUCGCCCAAUUGAUCCUCAUUUGUUUCUUCCGGUGCUUCCUCUCUCGCCGCAAUCCGCCCCGGUCGCCCUUUCGCGCCGUUUGUCCCUCUUUCCGCCAUUCCGGCUUAGUGCCCCUGCGCAUACGACACGUCCCACUCUCUUGAGUUGACAUCGGACGACGUUGCGAUUCUUCUUACUUGACAUUAUCUGCCGCUAAAUUUCGCUUUAUCUUCACAAUGAGUUACGGACAGAGUUACAACAACUAUCCUGCUUAUGGAGAGGCGCAAUCUAACCCCUAUGCUGGUAACCAGGGCUACGGUCAGAACCAGUAUGGAUAUGGCAACCAGGAUGUUGAGAUGAACCCGGUGCAACAGCAACCUGCAGACCCAAACGUGUUAUUUAAUGAAAUCAACAAGAUCAAAGAUGGGAUUCAAACUCUGAAAAGCCUCAGGGAGAAUCAGCUUGAAGCGGCCCAAAGCUCUUUGCUAGGAUCGGAAUCUCAAAGGGAAGACCAAAACAUUAGGUCGCAAUUGGAUCAAAUCCACGGUGACCUCACAAAUGGGUACGGAAAGCUCAAGAACGAUAUUGAGCGGAUCAAAAAGACACCUGGAUCUGCCAAUGUCCAGAAACAGCUCGAGACCCAGGGUCGCGCUAUUCGCGAUGAAUUUGAGCUGUAUCAAAAGAGUCAAAUGUUAUUCAAAAGGAAACUGGAGGAGCAGGUGAGUCGACGGAUCAGGAUGGCCGCCGACCCAGAAACACCCGAAGAGGAAAUCCAACGGCAAACUGAGGCCGUCUUGGCUGGCAAUCAACAGACUUUUCAGGUCGCUGGUGCCAGAUCAAAGAGAGCAAACGAUGUAAAGGAUUCUGUUAUGGCGCGUUCGGCUGAAAUCAAGGAUAUCGAGAAGAAUAUAAUACAAAUUAGUGAAUUGGUCAUCCAGUUGAGCGAGACAGUCGCACAACACGCUCCAGCGGUCGAGAAUAUUGACCAGGGGGCGGAGAGAGUCGCAGGGGACCUUGGGAACGCCAACGUUCAGCUCGGACAGGCCGUCCAGAGUGCGCGCAACGCCCGUAAAUGGAAGUGGUACGCCCUGAUCAUCGUUAUUAUCAUAAUUGCCAUCAUCGUGGCUGUUGCCGUUGGUGUCACACAGACGCGAAACUAGAUGUGACGUUUCUGAUUGGCAUUUGGUUUGGGUUUAUCUGUGGAUCGCUUGUAACCCUCUAAUUCCGCUGCUGCUAUUUCAGUUACUACUUUUUUUUUUUCUGACUCCGUCUUCGAAACGAAGUUGUCUAUGUUUUCUUGGCCUAGUUCGGUUGUUGGAGUAUUGCUGCUGUGCUAGUCACCUGUUACAGGCACGCUGCAUCUUUGAUUGGACGCGGCUGGGUGGCUCCCGUCGCUGCUUGUUUGGUGAGGAUGCGCAUGAUGUCGCUGUGUAUAUAUUAGA